CGUGUUUUACUUUUUACGAACGUUCAUCAAAGCAAACUUCUUUUCUUUUUUCUUUUCGAGACUCACUUCUUCUUCUUCUCUCUUCUUCUUUCCGCCGCUUGACCAGCUCCGCCCAGCCAGCCCAGCUACCCCCUCGCAGCACUCACUCACUUUCCAUCUCCUUCCAUCUCCGCCUUCACUGCAACCCCGAGCGUUCAGACACCAAGUUCGCUCCAUUGUUGCGCUUUUCUUUUUCUUCUUUUUUUCUCUUUUGAACUGUUUCUCCUUGUUCUCCUCGCUCAAGUCCCGCCUCUUCCCCCCCCCCCGUUGCCCGACGCUUGUCACCUCCCCCGCACUCGUCAGCGCCCUCCCAGACUCAAGCUCAACCGAACAACAAGCGAACACAGCCAAAUAACCCUUUUUUUUUUCCGCGCUUUUUUUUUUCAAAAGUUCCGCGUGGAUAUUGCGUCACUAUUACCGAACAAGGACAAAAGCCCUGCAGCUUGCUUGUUUCCAACCUCGCGCAAUUCCACUCUUCAUUCUCGCUUUUUUCGCCAUUGUUCAAGGUUUUCAAAGGGUUUCAAAGGGUUUCAAGGUUUUCCACCCAAAAAGCAACUCGGAAAACCCACUUCAACUCGCGCAGCAAUCCAAUCCGAAAGCCUUUUCAACUAGUCAACCCCAUCGAUGACUCUCUUGGAAAUCCCGCCGUUCGACACCUCCUUCCUCGACUCGUUUGGCCCCGUCACCCCGAUGCUGUCUGACAUGAUGCUGCCCUCGCAGACGUCCGCUUCCACGUCCAACGGGGCGCAGGACAUUUUGGAGUACUUUUUGUCGGACAGCGAGUUCUCUGCCGCGUCGCCUGCUGCGGCCGGCCCGUCCUCCCUUGCGCUGACAUCACCCGAGCCGGCCAUGGCGGCAGGCGCCGUGACGGUCGGCGAGCACAACCCGUUCGUCACUGCCGUCAACUCGCUCAAGGUUCGCUCGGACGACGCGCCCUCCGCUGCGCAGCCUCUGCGCCAAUCGCUGCGCAAGCGCACGGUCAAGAAGCACGCCGACGACUACACGGACAUGGAUGACAGCGACUCGGAGUGGCGCUCGGCGGACGACAGUGCCGUCAUCCCGCCCGUCACGCGCUCCCGCCGCUCUCAUCCGACCCCUGCUGCACGCGCUUCUGCUACCACCACGACUACUACUACUACUACUACUACUACUACUACUGCUGCUGCUGCCCAGGUCAAGUCCGAGUUUGGCGUCAAAUCGGAGCCUAAUGCCGCCGCGCUGGUCAUGCGCACUCGCAACGGUCGCCCCACUGCGGCGGCCCUCGCUGCCACGGUCGACUCUGCCGACACACUCGACAAGAGCGUGCGCAACGCGCUUGCCGCGCGCGAAAACCGCGAGCGCAAGAAGCGCAUGCUGUCCGACUUUGGCAACCAGGUGAACGAGCUCGAAGCGGAAAAUGGCAAUCUGCGCGACUUGCUCCAGGCCCGCGAUGAAAAGUGCAGCGCGCUGCUCACCGAGGUCGAGUACCUCCGACGCGUCAUUGCCAACCAGUCCAUGCUGUCGUCUGUUCUCGCCACCGUCGGCAAAGCGCCUGGCGUCACGUUUGCCGAGUCGCGCCACUCCACCACUCGCAACCUUGUGAACGCCGUGGCGUCCACCUCUUCCGCAUCCUCCUCUGCGUCCGCCAAGCUCGAGCCUGGCACGCAGAAACGCGGACUCAAGCGCUCUGCCUCGGACAACCUUGAAAACGAGGUUGCCAAAAAGCACAACAUUGACAGCCAAGUCCCAGACAGCGGUGUCUGCAUUCACGUCUCUGAGCGCGGCGUCUCUGUCGAGUUUUGCGCGCACUGCUGCACUCCUGCUGCGCUCUAAGGCGUCCGAGUUCGUUUUUUUCGAUUUUAUCACAACAAACCAAAACAAAAACUUUUUUUUUUGUUUUCGCAUGUCUCCCGUCCUUCGUCGUCGUCGUCUCUUGCUACCUUCCGGUCAAGUCAAUCCUAUAUACCAACAAACAUUGGAAAAACGCUCAACGCAGUCGUUGGCCACCUCUGCGUUCUCAACCCUUUUUUUAAAAAGCUUGCAUCAACCGCAUGUAUGUGUUCCAUCAGUUCGUGGGCUGGUUGAACGCCGUCUCCGUCUUCGGGGUUUGCACGGACGGCUUUCUUUCGCCUCGCUUUCGUCAUCGUCGUCAUCAUCAUCAGCAUCAUCAGCAUCAUCAGCAACUCAAGAACAAAAACCACCAUUACCACCACCACAUUGUUUAAACAAAUCAAGAGCAGCUCGACACCCAUUUGUCCUACUUUGGUCUCGUUUCUUCCGUUUGCCCCUCGCGCGCGUCUUUUGCCUGUCGUUUCCAUUCUGUUCAGCAGAUGGCGCUCCGAGCCCGCACCUUUCUUUUUCGAGACCUUUCACGCCUUUGCCCUGUCGUUUCCUGCCAUCCCCCAAGUCAUUCAAGGAGAGGGGAAGUUGUUUCUCCCCACUCGUCAGUUAAUUUUCAUACAAAUCGUUCGUUCCACCCCCGUUCGGCGCUUUCUUUCUCUCGAUUUCCUCCGUUUGCUCAAGAAAUUCACAUGAUUUAUUUCGUCCUGUGCCGCCUCCCGUCGCCGCUUUGUUUUUUCUCUCUCUGUCUCUGUCUCUGGUUGCCUUUUUUUCCCCCGACCGGUUUCCCCGCCUACCUGUCGCACUUCUAUUGCGACUGCUCUGGCCCGAUCAUACACCUUCAAGGUAAAGACCCUCAUGUUGACGCCUGUUGAUUUUUUUUUUUUUAAGAGCGGGGAGUUGGAUUUCACCUUUUGGUUUUUUGCCAGUUGAUAGUCCCGCAGUUUCCCGGCAUCAAUGUGUUGCAGCGGUACGCGAGCUCAUUCGCUCUGGUAACGGUUCCUUUUGGAAUUGCAGUUUGUUGCGAGGAGACAGUUGAAGUUUUUUUUUUUUUUCUUUGGUCCGGGGCUGGUGAGUUGGUGUGUUGAUACGGCAAUUUUUGGGGGAUGUGCGUUGACAGGGCCGAUUCUGUGAACUGGUGCUUGAGAGAGAGAGAGUGGUUGAUGUUUUCAGCUGGCUGAUUGACAGGUAUUUUUUUUUUCUUGUUGGUUCGUCACGUCCCCUCUCUUCCCCCCCCCCCUCUUUCAUCAACCCCUCUCGUCUUCCUCGGUGUUGUUCCGUGUACAUGUUUUUUCUUGUUAUUCCGUUCUCCCAAAUAUUUGUUUUUCAUUGUUCCGUCCAUCUGUGUUUCCGUGUUUCAUUGUUGUUUUCACUGCUAUCGUCCAAUCCGGUAGGUCUGGCAAUGUUGUUUGACGACAUGCUGUUCACUUGUUUGUUUUCUGCCCAUGCUCUGCUUUUCGCAAACUAUCAAACAAGCAGGCACCCGUCCAGUUGUUGCCUGGCGGAGACUUCAAAAAACAAAAAACAAGCAAAAAAUGUUGACGUUUCUUGGAUUUUGUUCUUCCUUGCCAUGCGUAUCUCGCUGUGCGUCAUGUUUGCAGGUCAAUGUCGCUUGUACUUUUGUUUGAAGCACAAAUCCAAGAUGCUUCAUGCCAAAUCCGUCACCAAAGGCAGUUUUUGUUUUUUCAGUUUUUUCUGUUUUGGUAAAAACUUGCAUCCACAGUGUGCCC